UAUACUUAAGAGUUCAGAGAAAAUUUACGCAUUCUCGUGUUGAUAUAAGUAAUAAUAAUAACUUAUAUAGUAAAGACAAUGACCUCCUAACCGUGUUCAAAACAUGAAAAUAUAGAUUAUCUUCUAAUAACUCUGACAAGCAUAAUUAAAAUAUAUCUACCAUUUUGCAAGAUUUCGAAAAACAGGAUUCAAUUUUAUAGAUGAAGUUAAAUCGCCCUAAUAUAGUAAUAUAUAUUAGCUAAGUAAAAUUUGGUUAAAUAACAGACACACACAAACAAUUUGUUUUGGUUUAAUUUUGAAAUUCUUUCUAAGUAUUGCUUAUGUCCGCUGUCCAAGUCUAACAGGACUACAAAUUAAAGAUAAGAUCUUUAAUCGUGAACAGGACUUUUUGGUGCUGAAAAAAAUGAUAUCCUAGGAAUCAUAUCCCGUUGUACACCCGGGAACAAUACACCUAUUAUGUCCAGGCAUCAAAAAAUUCAAACUUUUAAAUAAAAUUAAUUCACAAUUAAAUAAGUAAGUUUGUAGGUAACGUAUUUACAUGAAGACGUAUCGUAAAUAAUAAUGACUUAUUUAUGUUAAUAAACAUCUAUCAAAUAAAAUUUAAUUAAUUAUUCUGUGGUAAUAGUAGGUAUAUAUUUAGCAUAAUAUUAUUAAUAAAUAAUAAUCCAGAGAGUGCGGAGAAUCAGACAUAAUAUGGAGAUUAAUUGGAGCUAUAUCAGAAACCAAAUAUAGUCGACGAUAUUAGAAAGAGACGGCUCUUUUGGGCUAGUCACGCAUUUCGAUAUGAAAGAGCCUUUAUUAGCAAGGCACUACCUAUGUGGCUCUUCAGAAGGCAUAAGACCACUUGGUAGACCAAGAUUGAGGUGGGAAGACCAGUUGUCAAAACAUGUGGAGCGGGUUGAACCGGAUGCUGAUUGGCGAAUCCUAGCGGAGGAUAUAGAAAGAUGGCAUGGCAUAAUAUUAAUAAUGUUUGUCAGUUUAGUCUUAAAGGCUUUCAACUACGAUGAAUAAACAAGAAUUAUUAUUAUUUAUUAAUAGUUCAUCAAAGAGAGGCGAUCUCAACAGUAAGUUGUACUAAUGGUUUGGCGGGGUAUCAUAGAAACUGUAUAUGACUGACUUGAAGUUACCUUAGAUCAUAAACCAUGGAGGCAUGUCCCGAUAUUCGAAGCACAGUGGCGAGUUUCUAGUAUGAAUAAUAUCAUUUGCGCAAGCGUGUGGUAUACUCGUCGCAUAUUUAUUACAAUAACUGCAUUCUCCCUGGGAAUUUUACAUUUACCGCGUUUUAUUUAUAAAAUAAAUGUGCGACGUUUAUACUCGCGCUUGCGUAAAUCACAAUUCUAAACGUAAAUAUCCAAGGUUUAUAGAUAAGCUACUACAACCGUGCCGUAAUAUUAUUAUCACAAACCUACCUUACUAACUUCAUACUUUGGUGUUAUCUAUAAUCAAUAACUUUAUGAAUUACCUUUUAAGAUUCUUCUGAGCACUGGAACAUUAGUAUUAUUAUAGUUAAUACAAAGUGUCCAAGUAGCUCCCGAGAAAGCUUUAGAGCUCAUACAUUUUUGUUAAUAAUUUAGUAGUUACUAACGAUUCGAGUGUUUCAGUCACCGCAAACACUACUGUCAUUAAAAUGAUGAUAUUUCUGAAGAUCUAAGCUUUUAUUUUACAAUGCAUAUUAGGUUUGAAAAGAAAGCCAACACAAAAUGUGACAGUGACAUAUUGUCAUUGUCCUGGAUGGGAAGAGUUCCAGAUAAAACAGAAGCAGAAGGAUGGAAUUUGGAUGGACGAAAUUACUAUAAACAAGGAUGGUUGGCUUCAGGCAAUUCUCAAGGGGUUGUCGGUGUUACAUUUACUUCUAUACCACCAAAUAAUGGACCAAACAGUGAAAGAGUACCUCUCCGCACUAAUUACAAUUUAAGAAAUCAUCAUGCUAAGGUUGUUCUUGUGAAAUGGAAUGAACCAUACCAAAAAUUGGCUUCAUGUGAUAGUUCUGGUGUUAUAAAUGUUUGGGCCAAGUUCGAUUGUCGUUGGAAUGUUGAACUUAUCAAUGAUCGGAAUACUAGAGUUACUUAUUUUAGUUGGUCUCAUGAUGGUCGAUUGGCACUAAUAUGCUAUCAAGAUGGGUUUGUUUUGGUUGGAUCUGUUACUGGUCACAGAUAUUGGUCUUCUAUGUUACAUCCAGAAGGAACAGUUACUUGUGGUGCUUGGUCCCCAGAUGAUCAACAAGUAUAUUUUGGAACUAGCAGAGGACAAAUGAAAGUUUUAGAUAUUCAUGGAGCUCCUGUGUCUCAAGUCAACUUGUCAGAUGAUUCUGGAAUAUCUUCUAUGGCUUGGUCUUGUGAAAAAUUUUGCAUGAAUGAAAAUAAAAUAAAAUCAGAUCAUUUAUUUAAACACGUUUUAGCGCUUUGUUGUAAAAAUGGUACUAUUCAGUUGAUGCGGCGAUUUGAUGAUCCCGCUCCAGUAUUAAUACGUACAGGCUUAUGUCCAGUUCAUAUGGAAUGGUCUAAUGCAAAAGAGUUACUUUGUGUUGCUGGUUCAAGACCUGGAAGACUAAGUACCAAUGUUGUGCAAAUUUAUUCUGCUAAUGGUCAAUUAGUUUAUUCUAUUAACAUGCCUCAAUCCUCGGCUGUAGUUACAGCUGUAACAUGGGCACACAAUGACCGAAGAAUUUUUGUAGCAACAGGACCAGAAAUACAUGUUGCUUGUGUGUCUGCUUCAGUUGUUCCUUUGUAUGUACUUUGUGCAUUGCGAAUGUGUGAUGAUUCUCUGUUUCCUUCAGAUGACAUACUUCCUGUUAGUAUUCAAGAAAUUUUAACUGCUAUUUCAUCAUCUACUAUUCAUUGCGAAGUGCCCAAGUUGUCAGAAUUGCGUCAGUUUGUUAGUAGCUCACCAAAAAAUCGUCUAUAUUGUACAGUUGUACAACAUGUCAAUGGACCAGAAACUACACCACCAGUCUGUUAUGUACUAUACAUGGAAUACCUUGGCGGUUUAGUACCACUACUUAAAGGCAAAAGAAUUAGUAUGCUGAGACCAGAAUUUGUCAUCUUUGAUCCACAAGUAGAUGAUACAACAUACGCUAAUGCACAGAUAACUUAUAAUAAUUUUGGUUGGGAUGACUCUGAACCUGAAUCUUGCUCUAGCCCCAAGCUUCAUCGAAAAAAUAGACACAGAUCAAGACCAGCCUGUUGUAAUCGAAAAUUGCAAUUAAAUUGUUACACUGAUGUGUUACCAGAAGACUAUCGUUUGGCAGAAGUUACAGCAAAUGUUUGGGGUACAGAAUUCCACAUUCGUGGGCUAUGUGAUGAUUUAACUCAAAAAUUAGGAAGAGUAUCAUACCGCACAUCUAUUUUACACUUACAACCUCGUCAAAUGACACUCUCUAUUGUUGGGGAUGGACAAUCAAUAGAAGAUGAUUCUCCAACAACAAAACAACUUCAAAGACGACGUAGCUGUAGUGUUGGAUCAUCAAAUCCUAAAAUUGCUGUAUCCAGAGUGGUCGAAGACACUAAGGUUUCAGAGACAUUUGCUCACAGUUUACCAUCUAGUCCAGUUGCAGCCAAAAAGAAAAGUGGUUUAUCAUCUCCUAUAAGAAAACGAUUAAUGAACUCUCCAUUAUUUUUCCGUAAAGUCCAUAGAACUCAAAUUGAACCAGAUUUUCAAAAUUUAGAAACUUUUCAAAAAUCUCAAAUAAAAAAUAAAAUUGAAAUGUGCACAAAAAAACAACAAUUUGUUAUGCAAAACAAAGCUCCUAUUUGGAACGAUUUAACUCAAGUCUACCAGUUAGACUUUGGAGGUCGUGUUACUCAAGAAUCAGCAAAAAAUUUUCAAGUUGAAUAUGAUGGAAUACAAGUUAUGCAGUUUGGACGCAUUGACCGCAAUAAUUUUGCUCUAGACUUUCAACACCCAUUUUCAGCCGUCCAAGCGUUUGCAGUUGCACUAGCAAGUGUAACUCAGAGGCUCAAGUAAAAUUGUCGAAAUAAAGUGCAAUUUAUAUAUGCUCUUUUUUUACAGGUGUGUUUAAAUAUUAUAAUGUUUCAACACUCUGUAAAAAUUUGUUUGUAUUUUUAUUAUUUAGUGCAAUAUUUCACAAGUAGGGUUCCUUAUUAGUUUUUAAUGUACACACUAUACCUAUUUAGUUACAACUGCAUAACACUUAAUUGCUUUACUGAACAUUCGCUAUUGCAUUCUUCUACAAUAAACCUAAUAUAUUUCUUAUAUCUUAUUGUAUGUGUUCAUGUGUAUUUCAGCAUUACUUAAUUAAUUACGAUAAAAAUAUAAAAUAAAGAAUUAAUUGAGAGUGCA